UGUCCCGGGGCCAUUGCCUCUGGGGGGAGGGACUUGGGGAAGCCCCUCCCGUUCCCAAGGAUCUGCUGGGGGAAGGAGCGGUAUUCUCUGCGCAGCCGGAAGCCCAUCCUGUCCACUGCUGAUCCCUCCCGCCAGCAGGGCUGCAGGCCCCCAGAGGCCAUUGGGGAGCAGCUGCAGAGGGAAGGAAGACAGCUGGGAGCUGCGUUUUACAAGGAACUCGCAGCUGCUGUCUCAUGACUGGCUCCGUCUCCUGGAAGGUGGCUCUGCGCUCGCUCGAAGCCAUAAAGAAAAGGAGCAGAGAAGCGGCAGCAGUGCAGGGAGCUCCAGCUGCUGGGAGUCAAGGCAGAGAGGGGGCAGCUGUACCCCCUGCCCCGCGCUCAGCCAGGGACAAUGAGCUGCCCGUCCACCCAGAGCGGGGAGCAGAUCGAGCCGCUCAGCCGCGUGGAGGCGGAAGCCAUCGAGAAGGAGCUGCUGGAAGAUUACAAAUUUGGUCGGCAGCAGCUGAUUGAGAUCUGGGGACACGCCAGUGCCAUGGCUGUGACCAAGGUGUUCCCUCUGCCAUCCCUCCCCAGGAAGCAGCCUACAGUGCUUGUGGUGUGUGGUCCCGAUCAGAACGGCGCCAUCGGCUUGGUGUGCGCACGGCAUUUGCGGGUGUUUGAAUACGAGCCGACCAUCUUUUACCCCAAGCGGUCCCUGAAUUCCCUGUAUCGGGAUUUCACCACCCAGUGCGAAAAGAUGGACAUCCCCUUCCUCUCGUACCUGCCGACGGAGGUCCAGCUGAUCAACGACGCCUACAACGUGGUGAUCGACGCCAUCCUGGGAGCCGACGCCGAGCCGGGGGAGGUGAAGGAGCCGUACACCAGCAUCUUAGCCACCCUGAAACAGAUCCGGAUCCCCAUCGUCAGCCUGGACGUGCCCUCAGGGUGGGACGUGGAGACGGGAAACAGCGAGGGAAUCAGCCCUGACGUCCUCGUCUCCUUGGCCGCGCCCAAGCAGUGCGCCACCCGCUUCCUGGGCAGGCACCACAUCCUCGCCGGCCGCUUCCUGCCCUACGACGUGCAGAAGAAAUUUGAGCUCAACCUGCCCGAAUACCCAGGCACAGAGUGUGUGGUUUCACUUUAUUAAGGCUCUGGGGGGGCGGGGAUGGAGAGGGGAGUUGGGGGGGGGAGGAGAGGAAAAGCCACCCAGCUCCUCCAUAAUAAAAAGGCUUCAAAGCGUUUUGUAUUUUUUUGAGCAGCCAGGCGACUCCCUGCUGGGAUGCUGCGUCCUGGCACCAGGGCCUGGCUUCCCAGCCAGAGGCCACGCAGCUCCCAGGGAGGGCGUCUGCUGGCAGGAGGGCCUUGGGCAUCUCAGGCCACCGUGACCAAGCCUUCAUGUUGAUCAUUUAAACUCGGGGCGGGCCUAGGGGAUCAAAGACAGCGCUGAGCCAAACCCCUCCCCUCGCGUGGGUCCCGCACCCCCGGCGUCUCAGCCCAGGGCGCCGGGUUGACUUGUGGAGUCAUAGAGGCCGCUGUGUCGUUUUGCGGCAGGGUGAGGAAGGCCGGGUGGCUUGUUCCUGGGCUGCAAGGAACUCAGAUACCCCAGUGACGGGCACCCAUGUAAGUGCCUUGCUGGAUAGGUCCCUCCCAGGCGAAUUGCUUCCCAAAGGCAGGUGGAGGACGUAUGGCAGGAGAAACGUACGCGCGGCCCCUGGCAGGACGGGCCCAGCUGACCUCACCGGCCUUUUCCAUCACUCCCUGAUCCACACGCUGGGAUUUAUCAAUGCCCUUUUCACAGGAAUCCUUGGUAAACAGGAGCCUGCUCCACAGCCAGCCACUUGGCAGGUCGCUGCUGCCGCCGGCCGUGGAAAGAGCCGAGAGCGGCAAAGCCGGUGGCCCAAGAGGAAGGAUCAGGUAGCGAUUUCCUCCAGCAGCAGUUAGUCCGGCUCUCGCCCCGCGGGCCUCAGCCGCUGGCCCUUGUGGGGUCAGUCCGCUGCUGCUCUUGUCGGAGAUCUGUCUGCCUGUGGAAAGGGAAGGAAAUGACCUCCCUCUGCACUUGCUGGGCCCGGGCUGUAACCGCCCAGCAGCCCCUCAGCCAGGGAACAGGGCUCUCCUUGGGCUGCUGGCUGCGGUGCUGUGGCCAUUGGGCCUAGAAGAGUUCCGUGCUGCUCUCCCCAAGCUGCCAAGAGCUAGGGGGCUCGAAGUCCCCCACCCGGGAGGCCUGGGAGCCGGCGGAAUGGCUGGGGAGGGGGUAACCACCGAGGAAAGCGGAGCCGAGGCCGUGGGUUCACGGGCUGGUCAGCGCUGCCCUGCUUAGUGCAGGGAUGGGCGGUCCAGCGCAUGUCACUAGCAGAGGAUUCCCCUAGAGGUAACAGGGACCCAGGCUAGGACCAUGGGCACCAGGCUAACUACCGCAGGCAACAGUGAUAUGGGUGGCUCCUGCCCGAAGUGGUGGCCGGGGCUGUUCCUAGCCCGGCUGCUUUGCCAUGCGGGGAGAAACCUGCAUUUUUCUGCAGAUCCGUGAAAUCUCCAGGGGCCAGAUGCCCCCCCCCUCGCCCCUCCCCGCAUCAUCGUCCACUUGUUCUGAGCAAAAGCUCUUUGUAGCCGCUCUGUUUGCAGCAGUUCCCGGUUUCCAGGGGCAGGGAAAUGACCCUUAGGUGUCAGUGUUCCCUUUCCAUGUGCAAACUGCCCUGGGCCCUGGCCUGGCGAGUGUGUUCUCUGAAGUAGGAAGCAGAGUAGAGCUGGGUGAAACCGAUUUUAUUACCAGUGCUUAGUACCUGUGAGCAGCCUCCCUCCCUGUACAAAGCAACAGAGGGUCCGGUGGCACCUUUAAGACUAACAGAUGUAUUGGAGCAGAAGCGUUCGUGGGUGAAUGCCCCCUUCGUCAGACGCAGUCAGCGAGACCCAGCAAGAGAGGAGGACCCGCUGCUGUUUACACAGCGCACGCUGCAUCCCAGCUCAGCUUGUUCCGUUUAUGUUCGUACAUUUCUCCUGUACGACGCUGUAGCCUGGCUAACGGGCGUUGUUGCUGAGUGGGUGCACGGCUCAGUCGUGGGGCACCCCCACAGCCUCCCCAAAUCCAGCCUGAUAUGCUGUCUCCGGGCCAGCGGAUAGCGGCAGCAGGACCUGCCCCCCGUAGCAUUUAAGGUGGGGCCUGGGGUGAGUCCCACGGCCUGAUUCUGCACUAGGGCAGCUAAGGGGCGUUUUGACCUUGACCUUAAUGGAAGCAAGAUCAAGCCCAGAGCCUCCCUACAGCUUCCUUCUCCCCAGACACACGAGGCAAGCGACUUGCUUCAGUGGCUCCACCGGGCCACAGCUCUGGCCUGGUUAUGCGCCCCUCUCCCCCAGCCCAGGAUGCUCUGGCCACGCGCCUCCCCCCCCAUGGACUCUCGCUUUUCUGAUCGAGGCCCUGUCGAGCUGUCUGGACGCUGGUUCUCCAGCUCCUGCCUUUACCUCCCCUGACCUGAGCACGCCACUGAUCCACAGGCGGGAGGCCCACGAGCGGCUGUGCUCUGCCAUCCUGCCGUCUGCGGAGGUCACGCGGGGUAACCUGCAGGCUGGGAAGGGCGAGCCAGGGGAAUCGUGUGUGUGUGUAGCUAGCGCUGUACUAUUUGAAUGAGGAUUAUCCAUGUCAGUGACGGCAGCGUCCGCCCCGCAGGGGGAACUGAACGGCCUAGACUCAGGGCCAGGCCUUGUGUGGCGGAGCACAGCGGGGCAGGUUGGUCCCUUGGGACUUGCGCCCGCGUGUGUCGAACGUUUCUGUCUGUGGGCUCCGGGAGCUUCAUGGUUUGCGCGCAAACAGAAAGCCAGGGGAGAACGCUGCUAAUAAAGAUGGGCUUGGAACCGA